AUGUGGACAUCCCACCUUAAUGCCUCAGUCUUAGUAGCAAAUAAAAAUGUUAUCCAUGCUUACAUUAGGACUACUCAAUCACAAUCUGCACAACCAUGGAUGUUCACUCGAAUUUAUGGACCUCCACAACCAACACCAAGAAUGGCUUUUUGGCAAAAUUUUGACAACAUCAUUACAAAACCAACUAUCUCAUGGCUCUUAAUGGGAGACUUUAGUGAAGUUGUUGCACAACAUGAGAAGAAAAGAGGAAGACCAGUGACAAAUAGUCAGGUCAUAAUUUUCAAUAAUUUCAUCAAUGACAAUGCCCUUAUUGAUUUAGGGUUUCAGGGAGAUGAAUACACGUGGACAAAUAACCAAAUUGCACUGGAUAGAGGUCUUGUAACCCAACAAUGGAUAGACAACCAACCCCAUGCAUUGCUCAAACAGCUGCCAAGAAUUGGUUCAGACCAUGCACCAAUUCUACUAUAA